AUGUCUCAUCUUACCAAACUUGUUCAUCUAGACUUGUCAUUCAACAACUUCAUCGGUCCUCUUCCGUCUCUUAAUAGUUCUAAGUCCCUCAAAGUUUUAUCUCUCAAUCACAAUGAUUUCAAAGGUACAAUUCCAUCUACUCAUUUUGAAGGACUUAUAAACCUCAUGAGCAUUGAUUUAGGUGAUAAUUCUUUUUAUGGAAGAAUCCCUUCAUCAUUGUUUAGACUUCAAUCUCUUCAAAUCCUCAUGCUUUACAACAACAAAUUUGAAGGUGUAUUAGAAGAAUUUUCAAAUGCUUCUAUGUCAUUAUUAGAGAUGCUUGAUUUAAGUCGCAAUAAUUUUGAAGGGUCUAUUCCUAUGUCUAUCUUCAAACUCGAGAGACUUCUUUCGCUUCAACUUUCCGAAAACAAGUUCAAUGGUACUAUUGAACUUGAUGUGAUUGGAAGGCUUCAAAAUUUAACCACACUUGAUCUUGGAUACAACAACUUCAAUCAAAUUUCAGGAACAAUUCCUAAUUGGCUUUGGAGAUUUGAUUCUUUGGUUGCUUUAAAUGUUUCCUAUAAUUCUCUAACAGAUUUUGAAGGUCCUUUGCAUAAUCUUAGUUCAAGACUUGACCUUCAUUCCAAUCAACUAAAAGGUAUUGCUCCAUUUUUUAUGAAAAAUGCCAUUUAUUUGGACUACUCAAGCAAUAGAUUCAGCUCUAUGUUGAAAGACAUUCCAAUGUGUUUGACAAAAAAGAGCAACACUCUUAGGCUACUAAACCUAGGUGGAAACAAACUCAAUGGUCAUAUUUCAGAUACAUUCUCAAAAUCAUGUGAUCUAAGGUUAUUAGAUCUUAGUGCAAAUCUUUUGAAAGGGACAAUACCAAAAUCUUUGGCUAAUUGCAAACACCUUCAAGUUCUAAACCUUGGAAAAAAUCAAUUAACUGAUAAAUUUCCUUGCUUCUUGAAGAAAAUUUCCUCGCUACGAGUCGUGAUUUUAAGGACAAACAAAUUGCAUGGCAAUAUUGAAUGUCACAAUAACAGUGGAAAUUGGGAAACACUUCAAAUUGUUGAUCUAGCAAAUAACAAUUUCAGUGGUACAUUACCACCAUCAUUGUUACAAAGUUGGAAAGCUUUGAUGAUUGAUGAAGAUAAAGGAGAUGCUCGUAGCAAUUAUGAUGAUUCAGUUACAAUUGUUAACAAAGGUAGAACAUUGAAUUUGGUUAAAAUUCUUAUUGCUUUUACUUCAUUGGAUCUCUCAUCCAACAACUUUGGAGGACCAAUACCUGAAGAGCUUAUGAAUCUUAUAGGACUGCAUGCUCUUAACUUGUCACAAAAUACUUUCUCAGGUAAGAUACCUUCUUUUGUAAGCAAUCUAAAACAUCUUGAGUCCUUAGAUUUGUCCAUGAAUUCCUUAAGUGGAGAGAUUCCUACAGAGCUUGCAAGUUUAUCAUUUCUUGCAGUUAUGAACAUUUCAUACAAUCACUUGGUGGGAAAAAUACCAACUGGAACACAGAUUCAGUCCUUUCAAGCAGAUUCAUUUAUAGGAAACGAAAGGCUAUUUGGACCUCCUUUGACUCAAAUUUCCAAUGGGAGAAAAGGGUACUCACCAGAAACACAACCACAAGUAUCUGAAACAAAUUAUGAGAGAUCAAAUAUUGAUUGGAAUUUCUUAAGUGCUGAGUUGGGAUUCACUUUUGGUUUUGGAAUUUUGAUACUUCCCCUUAUUCUGUGGAAGAGAUGGAGGAUGUGGUAUUCCAAGAAGGUUGAUGACAUGCUUUAUAGGAUCAUUCCUCAGCUUGAUUUUGUAUAUGAACAUCAUGGAGGAAAAAAGUAUAGAACUUUGAGGUGGAAACCAUACUAA